CUCGCUUUCGUUUGGAAGACCCGGAAGUCGCUUCUCUUUCUCCUUCCCCUCUAAGCCGGCGGUAAGAUGGCAGCCACCGCGGAUUGCGACGUGAUGAUGACACCAGAGGAACCGGAGAGGAGCGCUGAGGAACGGGAGAGAGAAGCUGAAGCGUGCAAAGAGAAGGGGAACGUAUUUUAUGCACAGAAGAAUUAUAAUGAGGCGUACAACUAUUACACAAAAGCCAUCGAUUGGUCCCGUAAAAAUGCGAGUUACUAUGGCAACAGAGCAGCCACCUUGAUGAUGCUUGGGAAGUAUAGGGAGGCGCUAGAAGACGCCCAGCAGUCGGUGCGGCUCGAUGACACUUUUGUAAAGGGCCAUCAACGAGAGGGGAAGUGCCACCUGACUCUGGGGAACGCCAUGGCAGCGACCCGAUGCUUUCAGAAAGUAGUGGAACUGGAACCAAAUAAUGAGCAGGCACGACAAGAGCUGAAAAAUGCAGCUGCUGUCCUGGAGUAUGAAAAAAUUGCUGAAGCUGACUUUGAAAAGCGGGACUUUCGAAAGGUUGUAUUCUGCAUGGAUCGAGCCUUGGAGUUGGCCUCUGCCUGCCAUCGCUUCAAAAUCCUCAAAGCAGAGUGCCUGGCUCUGCUCGGCCGCUAUCCAGACGCACAGUCGGUGGCCAGUGAUAUCUUGCGUAUGGACUCCACCAAUGCAGAUGCGUUGUAUGUGAGAGGUCUCUGCUUGUAUUAUGAAGAUUGCAUUGAGAAAGCAGUACAGUUUUUCGUUCAAGCCUUGAAGAUGUUCCCUGACCAUCAGAAAGCACGCUUGGCAUGCAGAAAUGCAAAGGCACUAAAAGCCAAGAAGGAAGAAGGCAACCAAGCUUUUAAAGAUGGCAACUAUGAACAGGCAUACCGACUUUACACUGAAGCACUUGCCAUAGAUCCUAAUAAUAUAAAAACCAAUGCCAAACUGUACUGUAACCGUGGCACUGUCAACGCAAAGCUUAAGAAACUAGACGAGGCCAUUGAAGACUGUACCAACGCCAUUAGACUGGAUGACACUUACAUCAAGGCGUAUCUACGAAGGGCACAGUGCUAUACAGGCACAGAGCAGUAUGAAGAAGCAGUCAGGGAUUACGAAAAGGUUUAUCAAACAGAAAACACAAAAGAACACAAACAGUUCCUUAAGAAUGCACAGCUGGAAUUAAAGAAGAGCAAGCGGAAAGAUUAUUACAAGAUACUGGGUGUGGACAAAAAUGCUUCGGAAGAUGAGAUAAAGAAGGCCUAUAGGAAACGAGCACUAAUGCAUCAUCCGGAUCGACAUAGUGGCGCCGCAGCCGAAAUUCAAAAAGAAGAAGAAAAAAAAUUUAAAGAAGUAGGAGAAGCUUUCACGAUUUUAUCUGACCCCAAGAAGAAGGCUCGCUACGAUAGCGGGCAGGACCUCGAAGAGGAUGGAAUGAACAUGGGAGAUUUUGAUGCCAACAAUAUUUUUAAGGCUUUCUUCAAUGGCCCUGGAGGUUUCAGUUUUGAAGCCUCUGGUCCAGGAAAUUUCUUCUUCCAGUUCGGUUAAAAUCCACAAGACCAACUUGCCCCCUGCCCAACCUCUCUUUCUUCCUUAUGACCGGCCCUUCCUGCCCCUCAUCUUUUUUUCCUUUGUUCAAGUGUUUUAACCUGGAAUAUGGACAUUAUUUAAUCAGACUUCUCCGAGGCGAUGCCAUGACCCUCUGUUAAUUCUAGAAGUGUUUUUUUAUUAUUAUUUCAAAUCCAUCUCGGUUAAAUACCUCUGUGUGCUCGUGUGUGAAGGAUAUUUUGAACACAGCAUGAACUAACGUAACAAAUAAAAUUUAAAAAAAGCCUGAUACAAA